AUGCUGCUGAUGAAGUUCGACAGCGAGACCAUUCUUGCGUGGGAGAAGCAUUCCGUCCACUUCGAGCGGGACAAAUAUCAGGAACUGAUGAAAUUUGUCGAAGAUCGGAUCCAGAUCCUCAAAUCCACUAAAAGCCUUACCAUUGUAGAGGAUUCGACGAUUAAGGUGGCCGGCAACGCACGGCAAAAUACCUCACGGAGAGCCAUUACAAACACCGCAGCCAUUCACAAAUCCUCGGGGCAACCACGGUGUUUAUUGGAGUGCGCUGAAAAUCACUCGCUACGCAUGUGUCCAAUAUUCAACGGCAAGGAUGUGCAGCAGCGACGCGACAUCGUGGCAAAGAAGCGCUGUUGCUGGAAUUGCCUAAGCAAUACGCAUCUAGCGAAGGACUGCAAGUCGGAUCGGUCCUGUCGCACGUGUGGGGAGCGUCAUCAUUCACUGCUACACAUUUCUUCGACGAUAUCGAUGGGAGUGAACUCGGAAGACGAAACGGUGUUCCUUGAGACGGCGGUGCUACAUCUCGUCGAUGACUACGGAACAAGGCACGAGGCGAGAGCGCUUCUCGAUUCCGGAUCGAUGUCGAACUUCAUCUCGGAAGCGUUCGCUCGGAAAUUAAUGGCCUCUCGGUCUAAGGUCAACGUUUCCAUCUCUGGCAUCGGUAUGGCGUCGCAGUUGGUGAACGGGUCGAUUGUGGCAACCGUCCAGUCGAAGAUACAACCGUUCGCGACUCAAAUGGAAUUCCUGAUCCUGAAUAACCCAUCGGCGGACAUCCCAACGACUCCCACUGAUGUGUCUUCCUGGAGGAUGCCGGUAGAUGCAGUUUUGGCGGAUCCAUCGUUCUACAUCCCAGGCAGAAUUGACAUCGUCAUCGGGGGAGAUGCGUUCUGGGAGAUUCAUUCCGGAAGGAAACGGUCGCUUGGCAAGGGACGUCCGUGGCUGGUCGAGACUCCCUUCGGUUGGGUCGUCGCGGGUAACACUGCCCAAGCUGCAAAGGAGGCUCCACGAAUUUGCCAUGUGGCUACGUCAGACACCCCACUGGAAGCGAUCCUGAACCGGUUCUGGGAAUGCGAAACCCUUCCCAACGAAGCAACGUUUUCGGCCGAGGAGGACCUCUGCGAGAAACAUUACGUUUCUACGACGACUCGGGACGCUGCGGGAAGGUAUGUGGUUAGUUUACCGUUUAACUCGAUUGCCAAUACAAUUUUAGGAGCUUCCAAGGAGAUCGCCGAUCGCCGGUGGGCGGGAAUGGAACGUCGGCUGAAUUCCAACCCGCAAAUGAAAGAGGCAUACAUCAAGUUUAUGAAGGACUACGAGCGUUUGGGGCACAUGAAGAAACUUAGCGAACCCGUUGAUGAUUCAGUUCCGCAUUAUCUGCCGCAUCAUGCAGUAGUAAAGGAGACCAGUACGACCACUAAGGUUAGGGUUGUCUUUGAUGCAUCCUGCAAGACAACUUCCGGGUUUUCACUAAACGACACUUUGCUCAUCGGUCCGGUAGUACAGCAAGAUCUGCUUUCGAUUGUCAUGCGUUUUCGGGCUCAUGCGAUAGCAAUUACUGCAGACGUGGAGAAAAUGUAUCGUCAAUUCCUUCAUCACGCCCAAGACAAGAAUUUUCUUCGCAUUCGGUACAGAGAAAAUUCCGCAGAACCCAUAAGCACCUACGAACUACAAACGGUUACCUACGGCACGGCAUCGGCACCAUUCUUAGCUACACGAACUCUGAAGCAGAUUGCAAACGAUCAUGGGGAGCAAUAUCCACGCGCAGUUAUCCCUGUACUGUACGAUUUCUACGUGGAUGACCUACUAACCGGUGCUGACGAUCAAACAGAUGCAAUCGAAAUAGUGAGCCAAGUUACAGAAAUGCUGCAGUCAGCUGGUUUAUCGCUAAAAAAGUGGGCAUCGAACAUACCUGAAGUGCUCUCUCGCAUUCCACCAGAAGACGUAGCGAUCUUACCAACAUACGAAUUACGAGACGCGCAAUGUGUAUCCACUCUCGGGCUUGUAUGGGAGCCAGCCCUCGACUUGCUUCGGUUCCGGAUCGAUCUUCCAUCUACAGCACCAAUAUGGACACGAAGGAUAACAAUGUCUUACAUUGCAAAGAUAUUUGAUCCACUCGGAUUGUUGGGACCAGCCAUAACAGUAGCCAAGCUAUUCAUGCAACAGCUUUGGUUGCUAAAGCAAGACGGGAAAGCUUGGGACUGGGACGUUGAGCUGCCAUCACAGGUCCAAAAGGAAUGGCACAAGUUUUACUCUACAUUACAUCUUCUUCGGGAAAUUGGAACUAUGUGCGGCUCGACUGGCAACACACUUAUACCGGAAGGUCAGCCAAUCCUUAAACAUUACUAUACAAUCCACGGACGCGGAGCAUUCAGAACCACGGAAGACGGAAAUGCAACGGAACAGCUGUCACUGGUUGAGAGAGUGCCACCAUUGACACGGGACGAACUACUCCAGGCUGAAAUCCAUUUGUGCCGGUUGUCGCAGGAGGACAGCUUUGCAGAGGAACUGCACACCGCAAAGCAUGGCAAGGAAAUUCCGAAAACGUCGAAGCUGAGGUGGCUAUCGCCCUUUAUUGACUCAAAGGGAUUACUGCGAGUUGGUGGUCGGCUUCACAAUGCGCAGAUUCAGGACGCGACCAAACACCCGAUUCUGCUCUCCAUAGUGGCGACCGAUGAACUGCUGCUAACCGUCGAUUCAGUUACGGAACCCGAAGGGUCGCUGCUUAUGGGAGGCGGAGGUGGCGGUGUCAUCGUUGGUGGCUUUGGUGGUGGUCCAGACGGUCGGGCGGUCGAAUACGGUGACUGA